GAAAUCCAACAGAUGGCACAAAACUGUUUCUGUGGUGUUGCUUUACCUAAGCUAAGGACUUGCAUUUUGUCAAGCGCUUAUUUUUCUGCAUUUAGAAGUUAUUUUCUCUUCUUCUGAGAAAGAAAUCUUGAAUUUGGAUGCACAUCUAGAUGCUCUGAAGAACAGCAACAACUCUUUGGGAGCUAGCCACUUCAACAUCAUGACCAAGCACAAAGACUCUACUGCCAGAAGCUUUCAUUUUGUUUACAUCGUGACCUUUAUAGUUGGAACCAUAAUCCAGUCCUCUGAUGAAAGUGAAUUUGCAGUGGACAUGUCAAACAGCGGCCUUACUCAAGUUCCGAAAGGCCUGCCAACAAAAACCCAAGUCUUAGAUAUGUCUCAGAACUACAUAUCUGAGCUUCACCUCUCUGACGUAAGCUUUCUCUCAGGGCUGAAAGUUUUGAGACUUUCCCAUAACAGAAUCCAGUGCCUUGAUAUUAGUAUUUUCAAGUUCAACCAGGAUUUGGAAUAUUUGGAUUUAUCUCACAAUCGAUUACAGAAGCUAUCUUGCCAUCCUAUCACCAAUCUCAAGCAUUUAGACCUCUCGUUCAAUGAUUUUGAUGCCCUGCCUCUCUGUAAGGAAUUUGGCAACUCGACGCAACUGAAUUUCUUGGGAUUAAGUGCUACAAAGCUACAACAAUUAGAUCUGCUACCAAUUGCUCACUUGCAUCUAAAUUACAUUCUUCUGGAUUUGGAAGGUUAUUAUGUGAAAGAAAAUGAGGCAGAAAGUCUUCAAAUCCUGAAUACAAAAACACUUCACCUCGUUUUUCACCCAAAUAAUUUAUUCUCUGUCCAAGUGAACAUAUCAGUUAAUACUUUAGGGUGCUUACAACUGACUAAUAUUAAACUGAAUAAUUACAACUGUCAAAUUUUUAUUAAAUUUUUAUCAGAACUCACUAGAGGUCCAACCUUACUGAAUUUUACCCUUAACCAUGUGGAAACAACUUGGAAAUGUUUGGUUAGAGUUUUUCAAUUCCUUUGGCCCAGACCUGUAGAAUAUCUCAAUAUUUACAAUUUAACAAUAGUUGAAAGCAUUGAUGAAGAAGAUUUUACUUAUUCUGAAACAGCACUGAAAGCAUUAAAAAUGGAACAUGUUACAAACAGAGUUUUUCUUUUCUCACAGACAGCAUUAUACAGGGUGUUUUCUGAGAUGAACAUUAUGAUGUUAACCAUAUCAGAUACUCCUAUUAUACACAUGCUUUGUCCUGAAAAAACAAGCACAUUUAAAUUUUUGAACUUUACCCAGAAUGUUCUCACAGACAGUAUUUUUCAAAAAUGCUCCACUUUAGUUAGAUUGGAGACACUUAUCUUACGAAAGAAUGAAUUAAAAGACCUUUACAAAGUAGGUCUCAUGACUAAAGAUAUGACAUCUUUGGAAACACUGGAUGUGAGCUGGAAUUCUUUGGCUUAUGAUAGACAUGACAGAAAUUGCACUUGGGUUGGGAGUAUAGUGGUGUUAAAUUUGUCUUCAAAUAUACUUACCCACUCUGUUUUCAGAUGCUUACCUCCCAGAGUCAAGGUUCUUGAUCUUCACAAUAACAGAAUAAGGAACAUCCCUACAGAUGUCACUAGUCUGGAAGCUUUGCAAGAACUCAAUGUUGCUUUCAAUUCUUUAGCCCACCUUCCCGGAUGCGGUAGCUUUAGCAGCCUUUCUGUACUGACCAUUGACUACAAUGCAAUUUCCAACCCAUCAGCUCAUUUCUUCCAGAGCUGCCAGAAGAUUAGGUCUAUAAAAGCAGGGAACAAUCCAUUCCAGUGUACAUGUGAGCUAAGAGAAUUUAUCCAAAGUAUAGGCCAACUAUCAAGUGAGGUGGUAGAGGGUUGGCCUGAUUCUUAUAAGUGUGACUAUCCAGAAAGCUAUAAGGACACCCUACUAAAGGACUUUCAUGUGUCUCCAUUAUCCUGCAACACAGCUCUGCUGAUUGUCACCAUUGGGGUCACUGGACUGGUGUUCAUUGUCACUGUGACCAUCCUCUGUAUCUACUUUGAUCUGCCCUGGUAUCUGAGGAUGGUGUGUCAGUGGACCCAGACCCGGCGCAGGGCUAGGAACAUAAAUUUGGAUGAACUCCAAAGAACUUUCCAGUUCCACGCUUUUAUUUCAUACAGUGAACAUGAUUCUGCCUGGGUGAAAAAUGAACUGGUUCCGUGCCUAGAAAAAGAAGAUAUACGGAUUUGUCUCCAUGAGAGAAACUUUGUUCCUGGCAAGAGCAUCGUGGAAAAUAUCAUCACCUGCAUUGAGAACAGUUACAAGUCCAUCUUUGUUUUGUCUCCCAACUUUGUCCAGAGUGAGUGGUGCCAUUAUGAACUCUACUUUGCCCACCACCAUCUCUUUCACGAAGGAUCUAAUAACUUAAUCCUGAUCUUGCUGGAACCCAUUCCACAAAACAGCAUUCCUUGCAAGUAUCACAAGCUGAAGGCUCUUAUGACAAAGCGGACUUACUUGGAAUGGCCCAAGGAGAAGAGCAAACAUGGACUUUUUUGGGCUAACAUUCGAGCUGCUUUUAAUGUGAAUUUAACACUAAUCACUGAAAACCGUGUGAAAACUUAAAAAAAAAAAAAAAAGUCAGGAAAUCCAACUUUAAAAACCAUCAUAAAAUUGGAUUCUGAUGAA